CUCUCGUCUUAUCCCAAACAGAACACUCCAUUCUCCCUCCACUCCAAGCAUUUCGACGAACAUGUCGCCGGUCACAGCGCUCCUGGCGGGCACCGCCGUGCCGCCGGCCUCUUCCACGGCGCCCCCGAGACUCUCCCGCCCGUCCGUCGGCUUCUCCCUCGCCGGCGGGGGGCGCGCGGCGCUUGCGGUGGAGUGCUCGUCGCGGCCGCAGAAGAAGGGCACCAAGCACCACAUGAAGACGCGGCCCAAGAAGACGCAGCGGUGGGACAUCAAGCGCCGCCCCACGCAGUACCCGCCGCUGCCGCCGCUGCCCCCGGACUGGACGCUCGUCGCCGCCAGCGCCACGGUCGACGCGGAGGAGGAGGCGCCGCCACCCGUCGCCGCCGCGGCGACCCCCGUCCUCGAGGUGGCCGCGGCCGCCGCCCCCGCCGCCGCAGACUGAGGCGGUGACAAGACAUGUUCCUUGUGUUUAGUUUCCUUGAACUCCGCAUACAUGGUUUCAUUUGAGAUUAUCAAUUGCUCCCCUCGUUUGUAUUAAUUAAUCUAGAAUCUCUGCUUCCAGUUCA